UUCAUUCCCUAGCCUUCCCAAAAUGGGUCGGGGGUGGAUUUGGUUUGGCCCUGCUCAGUGGGUAGCGCGCAAAAAAAAUAAUUUUGUUAUUGUGUUUUCCCUCAUAAGUGGACAUGACAGAACCACGAAAGCUCAUUCAGCGCUGGACAGGCGAGCUGAAAAGGUUUCGAGGCGGAAGAUGUCAUCGCCCCCAGAACGAUCCACCUUCGUGCAGCACUUCGGACACUUCGUACCUGAGCGAUGGGCUGCGGCUCCUCAAUGGAUACGCAGACGAAUCCUGUAGUCAUGGAGGUCACCUCGGAAAUGCAACCUCGUCAGAAUGGCGCCGCUGGAGUAUUGAACAUUGUCGAGCAGUAUGUGCGCUUGGACGAAAAGAUCAGCAAACUGGAGGGCACCUGUCCGGGUCCGCGGAUGGCCACCGCCGAGGCCUGGGUGGAACACCUUCAGGGCAAGCACGAGGCGAUGCUGGGACUCGAGGGAAUGGGCAUGGGUGUGGCUCCGAUGCGGGAGAGUCAGCGGGAAACGGAGGAGGAGACGCUGACCCUGCCGAAUUACACAACGGGCCGGCAGGGCGACCCAAUUGUGGCCAACACACCCACAAAGGACCUGGCCCAGCUAGCCUACAAUCUGGGCGUUAUUGGCGAUGCCCGAAAGGCUUCCAUGCACGAGGACUUCUUUGCCAACCUGAGCGAGUCGGCCUUGUAUUUGCUCAGCAUUCGUUACUACGGAGAGCUGCUGGAACACACCAAGCAGCGUCUAAAGACUCUGGUCGAGAGCUAUGCGGAGUUGAACGAGCUGUAUGUGAGGCAGGAUGGGAUUAUAGCGUAUAUAAGCGGAGGAACCUACAUGACCCGACUGGAGGAGAGCAUAGAUGAGCAGUUGGAGACGGCCCGGGAUACAAGGGAUAAGCUGGGCAGCGCCCUGGAGCAAUGGUGGAUCUGUGGAUUGCUGCUCCGAGCUGCUGCUAACUCCUCCACUCAAGCAUUGAAGCAUUGGCGACAGCUGGGCAGGAUGAUCGAUCCCAAACAGAAACUGCAAUGGGCUUUGGACAGCCGAAGUCUACUCCAUGCCUCCAUGAUCUCUUUAGAGGCGGCUCAGCUGGCUUUGCCGCAUGUGGAACUGAAGUACAUUAGUCAUCGCCAAGUCGUUGCCGUCAAGCACUGUAAUACGUAUCUAAUUACAGACAUAGCCAAUAAGGCGAGAUAUGAACACACAAGUCGCGUCUUUACCAGCUACGAGUCGAACAUAUCCAAAUCCUGCACUUGGCUCUACGAGACCUUCAACAGCACUCUGCGGCCCGACUUUGACAAGGCGGAGCAGGCCGUUAGCAGAUUGGCCAAGACGCUAAGGGAUCAUCGCGAGGAGGUCUUUGGCACAGUGCGCAAAUGA